AGAGCGGUAUUGAAUUUUCGAACUAUUUGGAGGUUAUGGACAAAACGUAUUGGCAUUACCUUUUGGUCCUGUCGGCACUUUUACGUAAAAUUUAGUUAAAUUUGUCGUUCCUAGUAGAAGUGAAUCGUAUUUUCACUACGUUAGUCGCGAUUAAUCGUCAAAAUUCGGCUGUGAAAUGAAUACUUGAUACAAUAACCACAUAAUCCGCGUGUACUUGAUCCAUCGCAAUGGAUAUCUCAUCGCCUAUGGACUGUAAUAGUCAAAUAGCAACAAAUUUCGACAUGGAAAUACUAACAUCCAUGACGAACACGGACCUGCUUGUACGCCUUAUAAAGGAUCAAGAAGCGGAGACUGUCGUGCUGAAAAAUCAACUUUCAUCGUUGAAUUCGUCGGCCUUGCAAAUGAAAAAUUGCUACACUUCGGAGAGGACGAAAAACGAUCACAUUGAGAAGGAAAAUCGGCAGCUGCUGAUGCAAAUAAAAACUUUGGAGGAAAAUAUUUCGCAGUUGGAGAAUAAUUUGCUCAACGAUGCAGCCCUUCAUAAACAGAAAACAGCAGGUUUGGAAAAUAGCCUGGCCAGUGCCUACAGACAUCUAAUGAUCCAAAGAAACGUUCUGAAAGCCAAUCAUUUAAGCAUUAAAGAUCCGCAUCAGCAUUACAACAAUGCGAAGGAGUUUCUUACGAAACGUGGUGAAGUUGUCGUUGAAGACAUCAAGGAUGUGAAAGUUAUCAGCAAGAAACAGAAAGCGGUAAACGCGUCUACCAUGACUGACCAAUGUGAUAGUUUAAAACCGAAAGAAGUUAAGCAAUUUUGCGACAAAGCAACGAUGCACUGUCCAAUGGUGUCGACCGCUACGCGUGGAACAACCACUUCUACGUUCAUUAAACAAGCGGAUGCAGCUACCAAUUUCCCAGAGCCGAUGACCAUCGACGUUGAUGAGAUUUUCCGCAUAAUGAUCGAUGAUAUGCCACCAGCAAUAACGCCUAUUGAAGAUCUACCAUCUAAAACACAAUGCACGCAAACCGAGCCACCAGCUCAGUUGAAUGUUGGAACAAUAACCAGAAUUAAGAAUAUUCGACGGAAAAUUAAUUGUGCCAGCGAGUAUACUCAACCAUUGUCAGCAUCGAGUCCUCUAUGUCGAGUGAAAAAGGAAAAGGACGACAGUAUUCCGGAUCUUCUAAAUUUGGAUUAUUCUGGCAAUGGUUCACCGAUCAACCAACAGCUGACCAAAUUGUGGCAAAUGGUCGGUCAAAUGAUCUUUGGAAUCAUCGGAAGUGGCGAGGUGUUCAAUCAUUCAAACAAUAUUAGUUUGAUCAACGAUAAUUUGAAUCAAAUUCGAAGAGUCAUUGAGAUGGAGUCACAACCAGAAACACAAUUUCACAGCUUCGUGGACGAACAACGUACGAGCGAAGAUUUUAACAUUGCGACUGCUGUAGCAGGAUCUGGCAUCGGUAAUAGUGUCAGACAACACAAUGCUUUGGAUCCCGUUAGUAGCUCACAAAACCCACCUCAUAAUCAACUAUCCGCCAAACAAAUACAAACAGAUGCGACACAAACAAAGCCCACCUCGCCACGCACUAAUACUCACGAUCAUUCGACGCACAGAGGAGCACUCUCCAUUGACUCAUUUACCCAAUGUCAAACGGAAAGUAUUUUCAAAAAACCAGCUUCAAAAACUAAACGAAAACUGGCAACGGAUGAUUGCACAAUUAGAAAGCGUAUUUGUCAGAGAAAAAUGACUCCUACACGAAGAUCCAGUCAAAUGGAUGACUCGAAACCGAAAAGUUCCAUUCAACAUAAAGACUCUUCCUGUGUUUUCGAAGCAGCGAGUACAUCAAAUGAUCGCGUCGAACAGUCAACAUCUCCCAUCGACGAACCUGACGCGUCACUGGUGGAAAAUAUUCUUCGCUUCUUCAAGAUGCCAAACUUUAUUGAACCGAUCACAGACCCACCACAUAUACUGGAAGCGAUUAACAGACUUAGUAAGGCUGAAAAAAGCACCAAAAGUAUUCAUAUCCCGGAAGUAACGGACUUUCCGGCCAUUGUUCCGAUAACUGUUGACUCUGAAUCAAAAGACUCGAUGUCGGUCGCCUUGCCAACUCACUCCCAGUCAGACGAUUUAAAGUCACCAGAUGUAUCAAUGGAAUUGUCAACAUACGACGAAUUUGAAUCUCCAGCUUCCCCGCCGCCAUCCACAACGACAUCGUACCAAGCACCGAUUAUUAUCCCCACAUCGCCAAAGAAAUUAAACAGUUUAGUCGUCGAAGGUAUACUAGCUAAUUUCGACAAGAAUAAAAGAACGUCACUGAGACAGCGAAAGCUUAAAGUACCCACAGUAGAAGAGGAACAAAUAAUAACCUCAACACGAAGUAGAAUCGAACAAUACGUAGUGGCGGAGUGGAAUGGGAACGAAAUCGAUACAUGUUGCAAAGACUUAUCAACCGUACGUCCAAGUGUUCUAUCAAAGUGUAUUCUUGAAGUUGUAACCAAUACGAACAGCGAACCUUUAUCCAAAGAAUUUACGCCACCAGCUCCAUCAUUACCGAGAACUCAUCAGAAAAUUGUCGUCCUGAUCAAACGCAUCAGUCGGACUGUGAACGGAUUCGAGGAUUUAGUGCUGUUUCAAUUAGAGAAAACAAUGUUUGUUUUGGGAGAUGAACAAGUAACCAUAGCCGGGGGGUUGAACCUUACGCAUUUGUUUAUCGGAUUGACUGCCUGCGCGGACGCAGAAUCGAAUGGAUCAUGCGUUUUGUUCGUCUACAAAUGCUUGUACUACUUCUCCAUAAAGGCGAUACCGAUGAUUUAUUCAGUAUUAAUGGCAUAUCCGACUAUAUUACCAAAGUUCGAUGAUGGUGAAAAGGUUGCCGAUUUCCUUAGGAAUACUACAAACAUCUUGCAGGCCACAUUUGUUAUUAUUUUGAUCAACACAAAUUUAAGCGAGUCAAAUCUUAUCGACUCCGGCAACUCAUUGAGAAAGAGAGACCUGUCGACGUAUCUGAAAACGUACUACCACUAUCCCUGUAUGAGACCCACAAUCGACGAUUUUGUGGAUAUUCUAUUAGAUCGACUAACGAAUAGCUGUAAUUUAGGCAACAUUCCAUAUUCGCUAAUUUUGAUAGCGAAACGGAAUGGUACAGUGUGGGCGGACAAUAUGGUGCAACGGAAGCUGUUGCCAAAACUUAAUCAAUUUGUAUCAACCAUAUCGGAUGGAACUGCAAACGAUGAACGUAUAGCAGUUCUGGUAUCUGCGAUAUCAUCAAUCAUCAAAACUUAUCCAAUCACCAAAGAUAUCUCCGGUUAUCAGCAAUUAUUUCAUAAAAUUCUGGAUUCCACAACGAGACAAACAAUUCAGGAAGAGGCUGUGAUGGCUCUACUGCGAACUAGUCGAUUCGGCAUGGUUGAUGUUUAUAAACAAAUUUGUGAUUGGCGGCCACAAACCGCAGUGCGCAGACAAUGCUAUUCGAUGCUAAAUACAUUUCUGUACCGUCAGAAUUUUAGUUAUUGGCAGAAUUUUUAAUUCAUGCUGUGAUGUUAAGGAAUGAAGAUUGUGAUUGAUGAUUCAUUGGUCGACAUCGACGAAUCUCUGUUAGUGCGCAACUCAUUCAAAGCAAGACCACUAAUUUGCGAUUACCUACGCCAACGAGAAACUCAACUUCAGGUGGACGUUUACUGCGGCAGCAUCGAUACUCAACAUGAUUGUCUUCUCAACACAGACGUUGUAAUUGGUAUUGAAAUGUAAGUGGGACGUAGGAAGUAGGUGU